CAUACAUCAAGCACUCAAGCAUAUAUAUCAACGUACAGUAAGAUUAGAGGGAUUUAGAAAGAAUGGCUUCGUCAUCGUCCACGAGUAUAGGUGUGAGUCUGCUGGUGCUUCUCCUGCUGGGGAGUGCAGAUGCACAGCUUUCUACAAACUUCUAUUCUAGUUCUUGCCCUAGACUACUUUCCACUGUCAAGUCCUCCGUGCAGUCCGCCAUUUCGAAGGAAGCCCGCAUGGGUGCUUCUCUCCUUCGUUUGUUCUUCCACGACUGCUUCGUCAAUGGAUGUGACGGUUCGAUUCUUCUGGACGACACGUCAAGCUUCACCGGCGAGAAGAACGCGAACCCCAACAGGAACUCGGCUCGAGGAUUUGACGUCAUCGACAAUGUCAAGUCGGCGGUGGAGCAAGUGUGCCCCGGCGUCGUCUCCUGCGCUGACAUCCUCGCCAUCGCGGCCAGAGAUUCCGUCACCAUCCUUGGAGGCCCAACAUGGAACGUAAAACUGGGAAGAAGAGACGCGAAAACUGCAAGCCUUUCUGCUGCAAAUACCGGCAUUCCUGCCCCCACUUCCAGCCUCUCCCAGCUCAUCUCUAGAUUCUCCGCUCUCGGCCUUUCCUCCAAAGACUUGGUCGCCUUGUCCGGGGCUCACACAAUCGGACAGGCGAGGUGCACAAGUUUCAGGGCCCGAAUCUAUAACGAGAGCAACAUAGACAGCUCCUUCGCUAAGACGAGGCAAUCGAGUUGCCCGAGCACGUCGGGCUCGGGAGACAACAAUCUGGCUCCUCUGGAUCUGCAGACUCCCACGGCUUUCGACAACAAUUACUUCAAGAACCUGCUUCAGAAGAAGGGCCUCCUCCACUCCGACCAGCAGCUCUUCAAUGGAGGCUCCACCGACUCCACCGUGCGGGGCUACAGCAGCAACCCCAGCUCCUUCGCUUCUGAUUUUGCCGCCGCCAUGAUCAAGAUGGGAGACGUCAGUCCCCUCACCGGCUCCAACGGUGAGAUCAGGAAGAAUUGUAGGAAGGUCAACUAAUUAUUUAUAUUCCCACUCCUCUCCUCAGAUAUAUCUUGUUAUUUUUCUUUUUUUCAAUUUUGCUCUGUUUUUCUGCUUUUGUGUAAUCCCUAUUUUGCGUCUUCAGAUGUAUAACGGCA